CUGAUGUCUUAAGUCCUCUAUGAAAAUUUACUUUACAAAUCUCAUGACACUAUUUAAAUUACCGAUACCUGUCUUAAACCGCUGCAUUAGUUUUUAUAACCCAUAGCGAACGAAACGCAAAAUUACAAAAUGUCUAAGAAAGAAGAAUUCUCCUGCGAGAUGUACAGCAACAAAUUCUUCUGGCUGUGUGCGGCGGGAGGAGCCUGCGCCUGUGGCCUCACACACGCGUUCGUCACGCCUCUCGACCUGGUCAAGUGCCGGCUGCAAGUAGACCCCGGGAAGUACAAAUCGAUCUUUAAAGGGUUCGGUAUUUCGUUGCGAGAAGGUGGCGCCGCCAAUUUGGUCAAGGGCUGGGCGCCGACCCUGAUAGGGUACUCCCUUCAGGGCUCUGUUAAGUUCGCUGGGUAUGAAUAUUUCAAAUACAAAUUCGCUAGUAUGGUCGACGAAGAAUCAGCUUAUUUAUACCGUACUUACUUGUAUUUAGCUGCCUCAGCAUCCGCGGAGUUGAUUGCUGAUGUUUUCCUAUCGCCUUUUGAAGCGACGAAGGUUAGGAUGCAAACGACGCCAGGUUAUACUUCGCAGAUGAGAAUUGCCAUGCCACAUAUGUACGCUACUGAGGGCAUUGGAGUCUUCUACAAGGGUCUUACCCCGCUUUGGGGUCGACAGGUACCAUAUACAAUGAUGAAAUUCUCAUCUUUCGAGAAAACUCUAGAAUAUUUAUACGAGAAUGUAGUGCCUAAGCCGAGGGAGCAGUGCACGAAGGUUGAGCAACUGCUGGUGACGUUUACAGCUGGGUACAUCGCUGGAGUUCUCUGCGCUAUAGUGUCACAUCCUGCAGAUACGAUCGUUUCGAAGCUGAAUAAAGACCCGAGUGCGUCUAUAGGUGGGAUUAUAAAUGAAGUAGGCAUGGUUGGAAUCUGGCGCGGCCUGGUGGCGCGUAUAAUAAUGAUUGGUACUCUGACUGGACUGCAGUGGUUUGUGUAUGACGCCUUCAAGGUUUACACAAGGAUGCCUCGCCCACCGCCUGCUGUCAUGCCGGAGUCGCUCAGGAAGAAACUGGCUGCCAAGAAGUAAUACUAACACAUUUGAAAUUAAAAUAGCGUAUCGUCCAAUCGUUCUGUCUUUUUCUAUUA